AUGGCGCCGCCUCGCCCCCCUCCGGUCCGUGGCGGGCGCCGCCCACCCCCUAAGUCUGCGCCCCUCCGUCCGGAGGAGGAGCUGCUCCUCGAGGCGGCGUCCGACGGCGACCUCGUCCUCUUCAAACGGCUGGCGAGGAUGAUGGACGGCGGGCGCGGGCGCGUCACGGAGGCGGUAGAGGCCGUUGUGGAGUGCACGGCGGGGGCACUGCACCUCGCCGCCGGCCAGGGGGAGCUGGCGAUGUGCAGGUACCUGGUCGAGGAGCUCCGGGUGGAUAUCAACGCCAUCCACGACGGAGGUGAAACGCCUCUGGCUUAUGCAAUUAAUGGUGCAAAUAUAGCUACUGUGAAGUAUCUUCUGGACCAUGGCGCUGAUCCAGAUAAAGUUGAUGACAAAGGAUUUACUUCUCUCCAUAUUGCAGCUGAAGAAGGAUAUUGCAAUAUAGUGGAGCUCUUGCUUUCUAGAGGGGCUUCUGUUGAUGCAUUAUCUAAUCGUGGUACACCACUGCACCUUGCUGCUACUAAUGGUCAUCAUCAAACAGUGAAGAUUUUGUUGGACCACAACGCUGAUUGCAAUAAGAUUGUGAAUGGUGUCUACACACCUCUCCUUGUAUCUAUUUAUGCUCCGUCACUAAAAUGUGUGAAGCUACUAAUCCAGGCUGGUGCUGAUGUAAAUGGUGUGGGUAAUAUAACCCCGUUAAUAGCUGCUGUUGGGUUAACUGAGUGCAUGAAGUGCUUAUUGGAAGCUGGUGCUGACCCAAACGUCCCUGAUGAAUUUGGCAGGAUGCCAAUAGAGUUUGCGGCAAUAUGUGGUACACGAGAAGAUGUUGAGAUCCUAUUUCCUUUAACUUCUCGUAUUCCGUCUGUACGUGAUUGGAGUGUCAAUGGAAUAAUAUGUCACGCAUACUCAUUGCCAGGGCAAAAGUUCUAUGAGAGGGGGUUGGGAAGGGACACCGCUAGUUUGAAAUUUCAAGGAAGAAAGGCACUCGAGAGAAAGGAUUACCAUUCUGCAAUUGAACUAUACAUUAAGGCAAUGGGCCUUGAUUAUGAGGAUGCGACCCUGUACUCAGAUAGGAGUGUCUGUUUUCUCCAAAUUUUCGAGGGAGACAAAGCCUUUGCGGAUGCUUAUACUUGUAGAAUGAUGCGCCCUGACUGGCCAAAGGCCUGCUAUCGGCAGGGAGCAUCUCUAAUGCUGAUGAAGGAUUAUGAAAAGGCCUGUGGUGCCCUUUUUGAUGGUUUGAAAAUGGACCCACGGAAUCUUGAGACUGAGAACGCUUUACGGCAUGCUAUAUCUUUCAUACAAUUUUACUGCACAUUGUAUUUUAUUCAAGAUGCCAACAGUGCUACACUAGCAGUCACCAGAGCUAAAAAUCUUUGA